UUCCCUCCAGCUCGUCCGCCGCUGCAGGGACAAGAUGGCGGCCUCCUCUAUGUGUCGGGCCGGCUGUGCCGCGGGCCGAGCGUUACUGCGGGGGCCCCGCUCCUCGCCAGCCCUGUUGAGUUUGACAAGGAAUCGUGGUGCAGCUACCUAUGCCCAGGUACUCCAAAGUCUUCCAGAGACUCAGGUCACCACUCUUGACAAUGGCCUCCGUGUGGCAUCUGAGGAGUCCGGCCAACCUACGUGCACGGUGGGCUUGUGGAUCCAGGUAGGGAGCCGCUAUGAAAAUGAAAAGAACAAUGGAGCAGGCUACUUUGUGGAACAUCUGGCAUUCAAGGGCACAAAGAAACGUCCUUGUGCCACCUUUGAAAAAGAAGUGGAAAGCAUAGGAGCCCACCUCAAUGGGUACACCUCUCGGGAGCAGACAGCCUACUUCAUAAAAGCUUUAUCCAAGGACCUACCCAAAGCUGUUGAGAUUCUGGCGGAUGUUGUGCAGAACUGUGGUUUGGAGGCUUCGCAGAUAGAGAAGGAGCGAAACACCAUCCUUCAGGAGAUGCAGGAAAUUGACACCAACUUGACAGAUGUUGUGUUUGAUUACCUUCAUGCCACUGCUUACCAAGGGACUCCAUUGGCUCGCACUGUUGAGGGGACCACCGAGAACAUAAAGUCUCUGACUCGUGCAGAUCUAACUAGCUACAUUGACACUCACUAUAAGGCUCCUCGCAUGGUCCUGGCAGCUGCUGGAGGUGUUUCUCACACAGAGCUGGUAGACCUUGCUAGGCAGCAUUUAAGUGGAAUUACCUAUGAAUACAAGGAGGAUGUAGUCCCUAUCCUAUCACCUUGCCGCUUCACAGGGAGUGACGUCCGUGUCAGAGAUGAUGAUGUUUCCCUGGCUCACGUAGCUUUUGCAGUGGAGGGCCCUGGAUGGGCUAGUCCUGACAAUAUUGCCCUCCUUCUAGCUAAUUGUAUCAUUGGAUGCUAUGACCGCACCUUUGGAGGUGGCAAGAAUCAAUCCAGCAGGCUGGCUACGUAUGCAGUGGAGGGUGAGCUCUGCCAUAGCUUCCAGAGUUUCAACACCUGCUACUCAGACACAAGCCUCUUUGGCAUAUAUUUUGUUAGUGACCGCAUGAAAUUAGAUGAUAUGAUGCUUUUUUGUCAGAGCGAAUGGAUGCGUUUGUGCACUAGUACAACAGACUCGGAGCUGAGGAGAGCUAAGAACAUCCUUCGUAAUGCCUUGGUGGCUCAGCUGAAUGGUACCACUCCGAUAUGUGAGAACAUUGGGAGCCAUCUCUUGAACUAUGGACGCCGUAUACCUUUGGCAGAGUGGGAUGCCAAAAUUGCUGCUGUGGAUGCUGCAACGCUGAGUGAGGUCUGCAGCAAAUACAUUUACGACAAAUGCCCGGCAGUGGCAGCAGUUGGUCCCGUUGAACAGCUGCCUGACUACAACCGUAUCCGCAGCAGCAUGUACUGGAUCCGUGUAUAGGCUGCCUCCCCCACAGAGAACGGUAAUAGAGAUCCAGUGGGCUACGAAGCAGCUCUAAGGGUUGUGCCUGUGGGAAUGAUCUGGCUGGCAGCGGCAAAGUAGCUGUUGCUAAAGUUGGUGUGGAAGCACUCGUCUCCUCAGCUGUGUUCAAACCUGUAAUAAAAAGAGCAAAAUAAAUGUAAUUUAAAAGGAA